AUGGAUCAACAAGAUAUAAAUAAGCAGCAGGCAAGUUUAUCUGACUUAGAAUUACGCCUCGCCUCAAUUAUAGAGUCGUUCAUUGAACUGGGUGUUUCUGUAUAUGAUUUCCCUGGUACUCAAGAAUCUACACAAGGGAUGGUAACAAAUCUUAAGAGAAAUGUAGAACGCAUAAGACAGUUGAAUCAACAAACAUGUGACCCCGACUCCCCGUUAAAGAGUAUUAAUAUUCCUUUGGAAGUUUUGCAAUAUAUUGAAGAUGGUAGGAAUCCAGAUGUUUACACAAGAGAAUUUGUUGAAGCGAUUCGCAGAUCUAACCAGUACCAAAGAGCAAAGAUGCAUGCACUUAGGAAGCUACGAGACUCCCUGGCUGAUAAGAUAUCAGAGGAGUUUCCAGACCUGGAACCACAAGUGCAGAGCAUUAUAGAACGCGCUAACGGCAGUAGUGGUGAUAAAAUUAUAACAUCCUAA